UGCAUAGGAUGGACUAUAGCCCAGCGCGAGCCGGGCGCCUUUUCCCCAGUCUCCUUGGAGCGCGAGCUGAGCGUGACUCUCUUUCCUGUGUCCUGCUGCUAGCGCCGCUGCGCCUCGGAUAUUCAAAAUGUCCAUACUCAAGAUCAAUGCUCGUGAAAUCUUUGAUUCACGUGGGAACCCCACUGUGGAAGUAGACCUCUUUACCAACAAAGGUCUGUUCAGAGCUGCUGUACCUAGUGGUGCCUCCACUGGAAUCUAUGAGGCGCUGGAGCUUCGUGACAAUGACAAGACUCGCUUCCUGGGAAAAGGUGUAUCCAGAGCUGUUAAAUAUGUUAACGAGUUCCUGGCUCCAGCGUGUUGUACUCAGAACAUUAAUGUUGUGGAGCAAGAGAAGAUUGACAAACUGAUGCUGGAGAUGGAUGGAUCAGAAAACAAGUCCAAGUUCGGGGCUAAUGCCAUUCUGGGUGUGUCUCUGGCUGUGUGCAAAGCUGGUGCUGCUGAGAAGGGGGUCCCCUUGUAUCGUCACAUUGCUGAUCUUGCAGGAAACCCAGAAGUCAUCCUGCCAGUUCCUGCUUUCAAUGUGAUCAAUGGUGGGUCCCAUGCUGGUAACAAGCUGGCCAUGCAGGAGUUCAUGAUCCUCCCGGUUGGUGCUGAGAGCUUCAAGGAAGCCAUGCGUAUUGGUGCUGAGGUCUACCACAACUUGAAGAAUGGCAUCAAGGAGAAGUACGGAAAGGAUGCAACCAGUGUGGGUGACGAGGGCGGUUUUGCACCCAAUAUCUUGGAGAACAAAGAAGCUCUGGAGCUGCUGAAGACUGCGAUCAGCAAGGCUGGCUACACUGACAAGGUGGUCAUUGGGAUGGAUGUGGCUGCCUCAGAAUUCUAUCGAGAUGGAAAGUACGACCUGGACUUCAAGUCUCCUGAUGACCCCAGCAGAUACAUCACUCCUGACCAACUGGCUGAUUUGUACAAGAGCUUUAUCAAGAGCUACCCAUUGGUGUCUGUUGAAGAUCCUUUCGACCAGGAUGACUGGUCAGCUUGGAAGAAGUUCACUGCCAGCGUGGAUGUUCAGGUGGUGGGUGAUGACCUGACCGUGACCAAUCCUAAACGUAUUGCUAAAGCUGUGGAGGAGAAAUCCUGCAACUGCCUGUUGCUCAAAGUGAACCAGAUUGGCUCUGUCACGGAGUCCCUGCAGGCCUGCAAGCUUGCCCAGUCCAAUGGCUGGGGUGUGAUGGUGAGUCACCGUUCUGGAGAGACUGAAGAUACCUUCAUUGCUGACCUGGUGGUUGGUCUCUGCACUGGACAGAUCAAGACUGGUGCCCCUUGCAGAUCUGAGCGUCUAGCUAAGUACAAUCAGCUCCUGAGAAUUGAGGAGGAGCUCGGAAGCAAGGCCCGCUUUGCUGGGAGGAACUUCAGGAACCCCCGUAUCAACUAACCUCUGCGGGUCAGACAGCCCCUGUUCUGGUUUAAAGCACUAGUCACCCGAUGAGAUCAUUAUUUACCUGUACUGGAAAGGAGGGCAGCUGAAGGAACAAGACCAGUUUGCAGGGCCUCUCACCCUAGACUAUUUCACCUAGUGUUCCCCAGCUCUACCUGUUGCUCUUAAGCGCUUUGCUGCUUUUGUAGAACAGUCCCUCUGGGGGGUUUGUGUAUUAAAAAAAAAAUUGGAACCAUGUUUUAAGUCCCCACUUUGACCUUGUUGACUGGUGGGCAUGAACAUACGUUCCCCGUUUAAGUGUGUGGAGCUCUGUAACUUGCAGUGCAGCCCGAGGUUCCUGCAAACAGAAAUAGUAGUGUUGUUAUGUGAGGCAAAUAAAAGCAUCAAACAAUCCA